AUGGCAGGAGGAGCUUUUGUGUCAGAAGGAGGAAGUGGGGGAAGAGAUUAUGAAGGAGGAGUCACAGUUUUCGUUGUCAUAACAUGUAUGGUUGCGGCCAUGGGAGGUCUCCUCUUUGGUUAUGACCUUGGAAUCUCAGGAGGUGUGACAUCAAUGGAUGAGUUUCUUAGCAAGUUCUUCCCACAGUUAGAGAGGCAGAGGCAAAAGGUGAAGAACGAGACGGCAUACUGCAAAUUUGAUGACCAAAAGCUCCAAUUGUUUACUUCUUCUCUCUACUUAGCAGCUUUAGUAGCUUCCUUUGUGGCUUCGGUUGUUACUAGGAAAUAUGGACGAAAGGUUUCCAUGUUUACCGGUGGACUCGCUUUCCUCACCGGUGCACUAAUCAAUGCAUUUGCCAUUAAUGUCACAAUGCUCAUCAUCGGUAGACUUUUGCUCGGUGUAGGUGUUGGAUUUGCUAAUCAGUCUACUCCGGUUUACCUCUCGGAAAUGGCUCCAGCAAAGAUAAGAGGAGCGCUAAACAUUUGUUUCCAGGUGGCGAUUACGUCUGGAAUCUUGGUGGCAAAUCUGAUUAACUAUGGAACAUCUAAUAUGGCUAAACAUGGGUGGAGGGUUUCUUUAGGUUUAGCAGCUGUUCCAGCAAUUCUUAUGGUGAUCGGAUCAUUCUUUUUGCCCGAUACACCAAACUCAAUGCUUGAGAGAGGCAAAUACGAGGAAGCAAAACAAAUGUUGAAGAAAGUACGAGGAACGGAUAACGUUGACCAUGAGUUUCAAGAUAUACGCGAUGCAUGUGAAGCUGCUAAAAAGGUAGAACAUCCAUGGAAAAACAUCAUGCAGAGCAAAUACAGACCAGCUUUAGUCUUCUGCUCGGCCAUUCCCUUUUUCCAGCAGAUUACUGGAAUUAAUGUCAUUAUGUUCUAUGCUCCUGUUCUCUUCAAGACUCUUGGUUUUGGUGAUGACGCUGCUCUCAUGUCGGCUGUAAUAACCGGUGUAGUCAACGUGCUCGCCACCUUUGUCUCCCUAUACUCGGUUGAUAGAUUUGGAAGAAGGUUUCUUUUCCUUGAAGGUGGUAUUCAAAUGUUCAUUUGUCAGAUUCUUGUUGGUUCAUUUAUCGGUUUAAAAUUCGGAACCACGGGAACCGGAACCUUGACACCAGCAACAGCAGAUUGGAUCCUUGUUUUCAUAUGUGUGUAUGUUGCUGGAUUUGCAUGGUCAUGGGGUCCAUUGGGUUGGUUAGUACCCAGUGAGAUAUGUCCACUGGAAAUUAGACCAGCGGGACAAGCCAUCAACGUCUCAGUCAACAUGUUCUUCACUUUUCUCAUCGGUCAAUUCUUCUUGACAAUGCUUUGUCACAUGAAGUUUGGUCUCUUCUACUUCUUUGGAGGCAUGGUUGCGAUCAUGACCAUCUUCAUCUACUUUUUGUUUCCGGAGACCAGAGGUGUUCCCAUUGAAGAGAUGGGAAGAGUUUGGAAGCAACAUUGGUUCUGGAAAAAUUACAUUCCAGAUGAUGUAGUUAUUGGCGGACAUGAUGAAAACUAA